AAGGCUUUACACGCCAACUAUGCUCUCAACGGAAAAUUGCCAACAAGGCUUUACAAGUACCACUGUGUUUUGGAACUCUCCCAACAGCUCUCCCAUAAACGAAGCAAAACCAGACACUGAAACUGAGCGCCUUCAGUCUUUCUUCUCUCUUUGGUCUGGACAGUCAUCUUCUUCUCCGGCAUGUCGAAACCAAUCCACCAGAAUAAUCUAGAAAUCAAGCGGCAUGAAGAUAAUAUUAAGUUUCUGCAGACUGAGAUAAACUGCUUGAGUCAUUCUAUUCUUAAUUUGCAAGUAAGUCUUGCAAAGCGUCAUUCAGGGAAUGGGAAUGGAACAGCAGAUGAAAAUGGUGCUACUCGUGUGGAGGAGGAAGAAACAGAACAGAUUAUGCGGCAUGAAAAAUCUGCAGCUGCCUUAUUGUGCAAGCUGAAACCAAUGAAAUCUCAUCAUGCGACUCAGGCUUUGAAUUUGGCUCUGACUAAGGAUAUGCUGGGUAUCAUUGGUGUUGUUGCCUCUCUUGGAAGAGUUGAUGAUGACGACCUUAGCAGGAUUCUCUCAGAGUACUUGGGACUGGAAACUAUGCUAGCAAUUGUAUGCAGGACGUAUGAAGGUGUUAAGGUUCUAGAGAAGUAUGAUGGGGAUGGCAUGAUAAUCAGCAGUGCUGGUAUUCAUGGACUAGGUUCUUCUAUUGGGAACAGUAUAAAAGGGCGCUUUCAAGUUAUAUGUCUCGAAGAUUUGAGGCCAUAUGUUGGUGGGUUUGUAGCUGAUAACCCACAACGGAAGCUUGCUCUUCCUAAACCUCAAUUACCAAAUGGGGAGUGUCCUCAUGGCUUUCUUGAUUAUGCAGUGAACAUGAUCAAUUUGGAUAAAAGAAACCUACUUUCUCUCACUACUGGUGGGCAUGGACUCAGAGAGACACUAUUCUAUAGCGUCUUUUCUCGCCUACAAGUUUACAAGACCAGGCGGGAGAUGCUUCUUGCUCUUCCAUGCAUAAAUGAUGGAGCUGUGUCUUUGGAUGGUGGGAUGAUUAAAGAAAGUGGCGUGUUCGCCCUAGGAAGCAGGAAAAAUAUAGAUGUUAAAUUUCUAGCAACCACUGGAGAGUCUAGUAUGCCUGCAAACUACAUUGAAACUGAGGAUAUGCUCAAGAAGCUUAAAUUGGAGCGAACUCAUGUUACUGAGGAUAUGCAAAGGGAACAAGAAUUGUUGGACCUUGCCAAGAUAAACUUAAGCACGAUUCUGUGACUUUGUCUUCUAAGCAGUUACUACGAUGCAUGCAGCCAAGAUGGAGAAAUCAGAAGAAUGGAUAUAACAGUUGCUUGUAGGCCAAGAUGGAGCUUUCAGAAGAUUGGAUUUUCUGAAUUUUUAUUCUCUUUUAGCUUUUCAUUAUUGAUUCGGUCACCUUGUAUGAUAUCUGCAUCAAUAGAAAAUGGGUCAAGUGUAUUGAUGUUGUUCAUCA